GGCUCAGCUAGCAAGAAGGUUCUUGAUGAAAAGAACAGUAAAAAGUUUAUUCAGUUUUUGGAGUUAGUGGAUUGUUUGUCUGAUCCGCAGUCAGGGAGUUGCUUCUUGAAAGUUUCUUUAGCAGAUAAUGACGCAAUUCCGUGCAAUGAGAAGAAAAAGUCGUGCCUGUGUCCUUCAUGGUUGAAGAGGGUACUGAAGGGCUUUGCUUUCAUAAACACCUUUUAUGUGGUAUUCCAAAUGCAGCAGGAGAGAAUCACUUUGGAUCAUUUAGAUGGAGCAUUGAAGCAGCUUAGGAAAUUUGGAUUCGAUAUUGAUAUUGCGGACCUGAAGCAUCUUUCAGUUCUUUGUCCAGACGUAGUGAAGUUUGGUGACCAACAGACUGCUGCUGCCAAUGUGGGUGAUUCCAUUGUUAUUUUUGAUUCUUUGAGUGAGCUGGUAAUUGAAGCCGACAAUCGUAGGACUGUUAGAAAAAAGGUCCUAACCUCAACGGUCCUAAACAAGAAGAAGAAACGGGAGAGUGCCUUCAGAAAAAGACUAUUGGAGGCUGUUACCUUCUUCAUGGGUAAAACAAUGUUUGCAAGCAGGGUUACAACGCUUUUAUCAUUGGAAGAUCUACUAAAAUCUUUGGAGGAAAGUGGUGAUACUGCGAAAGGCUGUGAAGCAAAACGUACGAGGAGUUCUGCCACUUCAAGUUCUCAUUCACUGCAGGCACUAUGUCAGGACACAAAUGUACUGUCACCAGGAGAAAUGGUUGAACAUCUUAGAAAGGGACUCGGAUCUCAAGGACAGAUAGUUCAUGUUGAAGAAAUUGGUGCGAGAAAGGCUGUGCGUGUUGGGAUCCCAAAUGAACUCUCAGAGACAACGAGGUUUGCACUUCAAAGGAUUGGAGUCACUAGGUUAUACAGCCACCAGGCAGAGUCAAUACAGGCUUCUCUUUCUGGGAAAGAUGUUGUUGUGGCAACAAUGACUUCUAGUGGAAAAUCCCUUUGCUACAAUGUGCCAGUGCUAGAAGCAUUGACCCAGAAUUUAUUAUCAUGUGCUCUGUACUUAUUUCCAACAAAGGCUUUAGCUCAAGAUCAGUUAAGAGCUUUGUUAGUGAUGACAGAGGGAUUGGAUAUUAGCAAAAACAUUGGUGUCUAUGAUGGCGACACAUCUCAAAAAGACAGGAAAUGGCUCCGUGAUAGUGCUAGACUGUUGAUCUCAAAUCCUGAUAUGUUACACAUGUCAAUCUUGCCAUACCAUGGACAAUUCCAGCGGAUUUUAUCAAAUCUGAGGUUUGUCAUCAUUGAUGAGGCUCAUGCUUAUAAGGGAGCUUUUGGUUGCCAUACUUCGUUAAUAUUGAGGAGACUUCGCCGUCUCUGUUGUCAUGUGUAUGGCAGCGACCCUUCGUUUGUAUUUUCUACUGCGACCUCUGCAAACCCUCGUGAGCAUGCAAUGGAACUUGUGAGCCUGUCAACAUUGGAACUUAUUCAGAAAGAUGGAAGUCCUUGUGGUCCAAAACAUUUUAUCUUGUGGAAUCCUUUUUGUUCUACAACAAAACAGAUAUCAAAGACUCUGAGUGGCUCAGAUACAAGUAAAUAUGCUGAUGGAGAAAUCAUUACCAGGCCCUCAAGUUCGGUUUUAGAGGUGUCUCGUCUAUUUGCAGAAAUGGUUCAGCAUGGACUUCGCUGUAUUGCUUUUUGUAAAACACGCAAGCUCACUGAACUUGUACUAUUCUAUACACGUGAGAUCCUUCAGGGGACUGCACCUGAUCUGGUUGGCUCUGUAUGUGCUUAUCGUGGUGGAUACAUUGCUGAGGUUGGUUCUGUUAUUGUGUAUUUUGUACCCUUACGGUUAUUGUUAUUGGCUAGAUACUGUUCUUGAUAUGUAGGAAAGUUCCAGUGCUGAAGAUGGAUAUGUACAAUGUGGCACUGCCAAUUGAUCAGAUCUUCCACUCAAAUGCUUUUCUCUGGAUAGUCAAACAAGAUCUUUGUUUCAUUCAGAAUGGAUUAGGGAAAAAUGCUCAAUCAGUGUUAGAUUUCCUGGAAUAGUCCAGUGAUUUCAUUGUAGCUAGACUAAUAAUGUAGUAGCUGUUAGAGUUCAUAUA